CUCCAGGACUGGGCAGACAGGAGGGGUUGCAAGUUGGCCCUUCUGCCCGCAGGAUGGCGGAGGAGCUCAUCACCCCGGUGUACUGCACUGGGGUGUCGGCGCAGGUACAGAAGCAGCGGGCCAAAGAGCUGGGCUUGGGCCGUCAUGACAAUGCCAUCAAGUACCUGGGCCAGGAUUUCGAGCAGCUGCGGGCCCAGUGCCUGCAAACUGGGACCCUGUUCCGAGACGACGCCUUCCCCCCCAUCGCCCAGAGUCUGGGCUUCAAGGAACUGGGCCCCAACUCCUCCAAGACCUAUGGCAUCAAGUGGAAGCGCCCCACGGAGCUGCUCUCAAACCCGCAAUUCAUCGUGGACGGAGCCACCCGCACUGACAUCUGCCAGGGGGGCCUGGGGGACUGCUGGCUGCUGGCCGCCAUCGCCUCCCUGACCCUCAACGACACGCUUCUACACCGCGUGGUCCCACAUGGCCAGAGCUUUCAGGAUGGCUAUGCGGGCAUCUUCCACUUCCAGCUGUGGCAGUUCGGCGAGUGGGUGGACGUGGUGGUGGAUGACCUGCUGCCUGUCAAGGAAGGGAAGCUCAUGUUCGUGCACUCGGCCCAGGGCAAUGAGUUCUGGAGCGCCCUACUGGAAAAGGCCUAUGCCAAAGUGAACGGCAGCUACGAGGCCCUGUCAGGAGGCAGCACCUCGGAGGGAUUCGAGGACUUCACGGGUGGCGUGACAGAGUGGUACGAGCUGCGCAAGGCCCCCAGCGACCUCUACCAGAUCAUCCUCAAGGCCCUGGAGAGAGGCUCCUUGCUGGGCUGCUCCAUCGAUAUCUCCAGCGUUCUGGACAUGGAGGCCAUCACCUUCAAGAAGCUGGUCAAGGGCCACGCGUACUCUGUGACUGGAGCCAAGCAGGUGAACUACCAGGGCCAGAUGGUGAGCCUGAUCCGGAUGCGGAACCCCUGGGGCGAGGUGGAGUGGACGGGAGCCUGGAGCGAUGGCUCCAUGGAGUGGAACAACGUGGACCCCUACGAGCGGGACCAGCUCCGCAUCAAGAUGGAUGAUGGGGAAUUCUGGAUGUCAUUCCGGGACUUCAUGCGUGAGUUCACACGUCUGGAAAUCUGCAACUUGACCCCCGAUGCCCUCAAGAGUCGCAGCAUCCGAAAGUGGAACACGACGCUCUAUGAGGGGACCUGGCGGAGGGGCAGCACCGCGGGGGGCUGCCGCAACUACCCAGCCACCUUUUGGGUGAACCCUCAGUUCAAGAUCCGGCUGGAGGAGGUGGAUGACCCCGACCAGGACUACGGUGGCCGUGAGGACGGCUGCAGCUUCGUGCUGGCGCUCAUGCAGAAGCACAAGAGGCGAGAGCGCCGCUAUGGCCGAGACAUGGAGACCAUCGGCUUCGCUGUCUACGAGGUGCCUCCGGAGCUGGUGGGCCGGCCCGUGCACUUGAAGCGGGAUUUCUUCCUGGCCAACUCGUCACGGGCGCGCUCCGAGCAGUUCAUCAACCUUCGGGAGGUGAGCACCCGAUUCCGCCUGCCGCCCGGCGAGUACGUGGUGGUGCCGUCCACCUUCGAGCCCAACAAGGAGGGCGACUUCGUGCUGCGCUUCUUCUCCGAGAAGAGCGCUGGGACUCAGGAGCUGGAUGACCAGAUCCAGGCCAAUCUCCCAGAUGAGCGUGUCCUCUCAGAAGAGGAGAUCGACGAAAACUUCAAGUCCCUCUUCCGGCAGCUGGCCGGGGAGGACCUGGAGAUCAGCGUCAAGGAGCUGCGGACCAUCCUUAACAGGAUCAUCAGCAAACACAAAGACCUGCGUACCAAGGGCUUCAGCCUCGAGUCCUGCCGAAGCAUGGUCAACCUCAUGGACCGUGACGGCAAUGGGAAACUGGGCCUGGUGGAGUUCAAUAUCCUGUGGAACCGCAUCCGGAACUACCUGGCGAUCUUCCGGCAGUUUGACCUGGACAAGUCUGGCAGCAUGAGCGCCUAUGAGAUGCGCAUGGCCAUAGAGGCUGCAGGCUUCAAGCUCAACAAGAAGCUGUAUGAGCUUAUCAUUACCCGCUACUCCGAGCCCGACCUGGCCGUGGACUUUGACAACUUUGUGUGUUGCCUGAUUCGGCUGGAGACCAUGUUCCGGUUUUUCAAAGCUCUGGACACAGAUUUGGAUGGCGUAGUGACCUUUGACCUGUUUAAGUGGUUACAACUGACCAUGUUCGCCUGAGGUGGGGACCCCGGCUGUACCCCUCUUCUGUCCCCACUCAUCUGCCAAGCCCCCCAUCCCGCCUCUGCAGUGCCUUCCUGGGGUGGGGGCAGCCGCCACCCUGGCCUCUGCCCUGGCACCACCCCCCACUCCUGCUCCCGCCCCGUGCUUGGCUUUUCUGCUCCAGGCACAUCUGGGGGCUCCUCAGUGCCAAGCCCACAAGGCUGUUGUUGGUGCCUCAAUUUAGGGGGUGGCGGAGCAGCCCCCUCCGCAUCCCCACAGCCCCUCAACGCAGAUUCUGCACUGGCUUCCCGCAGGCUCAACCAAAACCACUAGCUCAACUGUCUGCGGCUCUAAACCUCGGAGCCCCUCAGGGCCCCCCAUCCCAGGCUUGUCCCUUCUCUUGCAGAAACCAAUCACCCCUCAGCCCCUCAGCCUUUCCCCUGUCCUGCCACUGGGAGCAUUACCUGGAUGGUGGGCAGCUCCCCCUUUUUUAUAUUGGUGACUUUUAAGGGGAUUCUUCAAGGACUAGUGUACCCUGAGGCACUGGGGCAAGGAGUGGGGGGGGGGCUCCUGUUUCCAUACAGAGAAACCCCAAAUAAUAAAGGAGAAGACCCAC